GGACAGGAGAACAGACGGACAGUAGAGCAGACGGACAGGGGAGCAGACGGACAGUAGAGCAGACAGACAGGUCCUCAUACUGUCUCACGUGUUGUAUCUCAGCAGGAAGCUGCAGGAUGAAGAUGAUGAAGAUGUCUGGAAUCUUCCUGACUGUGGUGGUCGAUCAUCAGAGCUCUGACAUUGAACGACUGAUGGAGGAAAAAAGUUUAAAACACAAACAAGCUCUAAAACAGCUGGAGACAGAACUCACACACCUCAGUCAGGUGUGUGAGACUCAGGUGAGGACCGGCAGUCUGGAGCUGCUGUACUCUCUGCAGGACGUGGACCUCAGGUUGAACCCCCUAAAGGACAGAAUGGAGCAGCUGGACCACGUCAGUGGACAGGAGGUGUGUCUUCUCUGGGAGGAGGUGCAGGAGGAGGUGAAGAUGAAGAAGAUCAGAAUAAAGGAUUUGAACCACAAACUGACUGAAUGUGAGACUCAACGAACCGACGAGAUGUUGAACCAGUCUCUCCUGGUGAACCGUCGCAGCGCUGCACGUCUGCUGCUGCUCCUCCAGGAGGAGAACCUGCAGCAGGAGUAUCUGCUCCGUCUGCAGUGGGAGGAGCACCUGAGCCUCUGGAGGAGGACCAGGGUCGGGAGGGUCGUGAGGUGAGGCUUCAGGAGUCUCUGCAGCAGAGAUGAGGAGCAGCAGCUGGUCUCAGGUCAGCUGGUCUCAGGUCAGCUGGUCUCAGGUC